AUGGUCGGAUGGAGGGGAUCGAAGGGCUACGGCGCCGGCGCCGGCGCCGGCGGAGGAGGGGCGGGGGCGUUGGAGCGGGUGUCGACUACUCAGACGGUUCGUCUAGGGAAGGUGCAGCCGCAGGCGCCGGGACACAGGACCGUCUUCUGCAACGAUCGCGAUAGCAACUCCCUCGCGAAAUUCAAGAGCAAUUCUGUCUCCACAACGAAGUAUGAUGUUUUUACCUUUUUACCUAAAGGCCUUUUUGAGCAGUUCAGGCGGGUGGCUAACCUCUAUUUUCUGAUGAUAUCAAUCUUGUCGUGCACCCCGGUGAGUCCUGUAAGUCCGAUUACAAAUGUGCUUCCACUGACGUUGGUGCUUCUUGUAUCUCUUAUAAAAGAAGCAUGGGAAGAUUGGAAACGUUUUCAAAAUGACAUGGCAAUAAACAAUUCUACCAUUGAAGUGUUGCAAGAUCAGCAGUGGGUGUUUAUUCCUUGGAAGAAGCUGCAGGUUGGGGAUAUCGUUAAAGUGAAGCAGGAUGGGUUUUUUCCUGCUGAUAUAUUAUUCCUGGCCAGCACUAACCCUGAUGGUGUGUGCUACGUCGAGACUGCAAAUUUGGAUGGUGAAACUAAUUUGAAGAUAAGGAAAGCUCUGGAAAAGACUUGGGAUUAUGUGGCACCUGAAAAAGUUUGUGAAUUCAAAGGUUCUGUACAAUGUGAGCAACCAAAUAAUUCACUAUACACGUUUACUGGAAAUUUGAUUGUUGAUAAACAAACCUUGCCUCUCAGUCCAAAUCAACUUCUACUACGGGGAUGUAGUCUAAGAAAUACAGAGUAUAUUGUUGGUGCUGUCAUUUUUACUGGGCAUGAGACGAAGGUUAUGAUGAACUCAAUGAAAAUACCUUCCAAAAGAAGCACAUUGGAAAAGAAACUCGACAAGCUUAUACUUGCACUGUUUACUGUUCUUUUCUCUAUGUGUCUUUUGGGUGCCAUUGGCAGUGGUAUAUUCAUAAAUCGGAAGUACAUCUAUUUGCAUUUUGACAGAUCAGAGACACAAUUUGAUCCUGACAACAGAUUUGUGGUUGCUAUCUUGACAUUUUUCACCCUUAUAACUCUCUAUUCACCAAUCAUACCCAUUUCUCUGUAUGUUUCCGUUGAGAUGAUUAAAUUUAUCCAAUCCACUCAAUUCAUCAACAAUGAUUUACACAUGUACCACGCUGAGAGCAAUACCCCUGCAUUGGCACGAACAUCCAACUUAAAUGAGGAACUUGGCCAGGUGGAGUACAUUUUCUCUGACAAAACUGGGACACUAACAAGAAACUUAAUGGAAUUUUUCAAAUGUUCGAUUGGGGGAGAAAUUUAUGGUACUGGUGUUACUGAAAUAGAGAUGGGAACAGCUCAGCGCACUGGAGUUAAAAUUGAUGUUGAGAAACAGUCAAAUGCAGCACGUGAAAAGGGUUUCAACUUUGAUGAUUCUCGGCUUAUGAGAGGUGCUUGGAAGAAUGAACCUAAUGCUGAGUCUUGCAAGGAAUUCUUCAGGUGCCUUGCUAUAUGCCAUACUGUGCUUCCUGAAGGUGACGAGUCCCCUGAAAAGAUCCGAUAUCAAGCUGCAUCGCCUGAUGAAUCUGCCCUGGUUACUGCAGCAAAGAAUUUUGGCUUCUUUUUCUACAAGCGUUCACCCACAACUAUUUAUGUUCGUGAGUCACAUGUUGAGAAGAUGGGAAAGGUUCAAGAUGUUGCGUAUGAAAUCUUAAACGUUCUUGAGUUCAACAGUACAAGGAAGCGCCAAUCUGUUGUAUGUCGCUAUCCAGAUGGUAGACUUGUACUCUACUGCAAGGGUGCAGAUACCGUGAUAUACGAGAGGUUGGUAGAUGGAAACAACGAUUUGAAAAGAACAACUAGGGAGCACUUGGAGCAGUUCGGAGCAUCUGGAUUGCGUACUCUUUGCCUGGCUUAUAGAAACUUGAGCUCUGAUGUAUAUGAGAAUUGGAAUGAGAAAUACAUUCAGGCAAAAUCUGCGUUGCGGGAUAGGGAGAAAAAAUUGGAUGAGGUUGCGGAACUAAUCGAGAAGGAGCUUAUUUUGAUUGGAUGUACUGCUAUCGAAGACAAGCUUCAGGAGGGAGUACCUGCAUGUAUAGAGACCCUCGCUCGAGCUGGAAUAAAAAUUUGGGUGCUAACCGGGGACAAGAUGGAGACAGCUAUAAAUAUCGCUUAUGCUUGCAAGUUAAUAAAUAACAACAUGAAGCAAUUUAUAAUCAGCUCCGAAACUGAUGCUAUUCGAGAAGUUGAAGAUAAGGGCGACCAAGUCGAGCUAGCUCGCUUUAUGAAGGAGACGGUAAAAAAUGAACUGAAAAAAUGUUUUGAGGAAGCACAAGAGUAUCUUCGUUCCGCGUCCAGACCUAAGUUGGCACUUGUAAUUGAUGGGAAGUGUUUGAUGUUUGCGCUAGACCCGAGUUUACGAGUAAUGCUACUGAAUUUGAGCUUGAAUUGCAGUGCAGUUGUUUGCUGCCGAGUUUCCCCAUUACAGAAAGCACAGGUUACAAGCCUCGUUAAGAAAGGUGCAAACAGGAUAACCCUAAGUAUUGGUGAUGGGGCUAAUGAUGUCAGCAUGAUUCAGGCUGCGCAUGUUGGUGUAGGGAUUAGCGGGCAGGAAGGCAUGCAAGCUGUAAUGGCCAGUGAUUUUGCAAUUGCACAGUUCCGCUUUUUGACCGAGUUACUCCUAGUGCAUGGACGUUGGUCUUAUCAUAGAAUAUGCAAGGUUGUGACGUACUUUUUCUACAAGAACUUGAUGUUCACGCUCACUCAAUUUUGGUUCACCUUCCAAACUGGAUUUUCUGGCCAAAGGUUUUAUGACGAUUGGUUUCAGUCGCUGUAUAAUGUUAUUUUCACAGCCCUGCCUGUCAUCAUUAUUGGACUUUUCGACAAGGAUGUGAAUGCCACACUGUCCAAAAAAUACCCCGAACUGUACAAGGAAGGAAUACGUAACGCAUUUUUCAGAUGGAGAGUGGUGGCGACUUGGGCUUUCUUCGCAAUUUAUCAGUCACUCGUUAUGUACUACUUUGUUGUGGCCUCGAGCAACCGGGCCAUGAAUUCGGCUGGCAAGAUGUUUGGCCUCUGGGACGUUAGUACAAUGGGCUUCACCACCGUAGUUGUGACCGUGAAUUUGCGACUCCUCAUGAUGUGCAACACUAUUACCAGGUGGCAUUACAUCAGCAUAGGAGGCAGCAUAUUGGCCUGGUUCGUUUUUGUCUUCAUUUACUCGGGCAUCGUGUUACCGAAAGAGCAGGAAAACAUCUUUUUUGUUAUUUAUGUGCUGAUGAGUACCGUCUAUUUCUACUUCACUCUUCUGCUGGUCCCAGUUGCUGCACUCUUUUGUGACUUUGUAUACAUGGGGGUCCAGCGCUGGUUUUUCCCGUACGAUUAUCAAAUCGUGCAGGAAAUCCACAGGCACGAAAUCGACAACAGCCGGAUUGGCUUACUGGAAAUCGGGAACAAUGAGCUCAGCCCAGACGAGGCCCGAAGUUAUGCCAUAAUGCAACUUCCGGGCCAGAAAUCGAAACACACUGGCUUUGCUUUCGAUUCACCUGGCUAUGAGUCGUUUUUUGCAUCACAAGCCGGGGUGUAUGUGCCCCAGAAGGCAUGGGAUGUAGCUAGACGGGCAAGCAUGAAGAGUCGACCCAAAACCCCGAGAAAGAAUUGA